AUGGCGGCACGCGGAGGGGACAGCGCGCCGGUGAUGGCGUCGGAGGAGGUGAGGGAGGUGUGGGGGUGGAAUAUGGGGGCGGAGCUACCUCGGAUCCUGGACGCGCUUGACUCCGCUCCUUACGCGGCGGUGGACACGGAGUUCCCAGGGUUCCUCCACCAGACCCCGUGGUUCGCGACCCCCCGCGAGCGUUACCAAGACGUCAGGCGAAAUGUGGACAGUUUGAAGCUCAUCCAGCUCGGGUUCACCUUCUUCGGCGACGGCAGCCGGCGCCGGACCUGGCAGAUAAGCUUCCGCGACUUCGACGUUUUCUCUCCGUCGGAUGCGCGAUCGGAGGCCUCGGUGGAGCUGCUGAAGAGGAGCGGCGUGGACUUCAGUAUGACCAGAACAGAGGGGGUCGACUCGGAGGUUUUCUCCGAGUUACUGCGGCGAUGCGAUUGGUUAGGACGGCGCAAGCCCAGGUGGGUGACGUUCCAGGGGCUUUACGACGUGGCAUACCUGGUGAAGCUCCUCACCGGGGCGCCGUUGCCGGCGACGCUCCCCAGGUUCGCCCAGCUUGUGGGGGCGAUCCUCGGCAAGGUCAUCGACGUCAAGUACCUCACCAGGUUCUGUGGAGGGUUCGACCUCGGGCUGGCUCGGCUCUCUGAGUCUCUCGGCGUGAAGGUGGAGGGCGGCGCGGCGCACCAAGCCGGAUUCGACACCCUGCUCACUGCUAGGGUGUUCGAAUGGCAAAUGGAGCGACUACGAGGGCGAGAGGAAGACUUCGAGGGCAUCCUCCACGGGAUUGAGGAGGAGAGGAUCAUACCCCUGCCCAAGGAGGAAACAGGACGGGAGGAGCUCCUCAUAUGCCGUCACCAUCCGCCGAUUUUAAUCGGAAUGACCGCUCCACUUCCUGGAUUCUAUGUGGGUCGAAUAAAAAUUUUCUUUUAA